AUGAGGUAUCUAAGACUUGUGCGGCCAGUGGAACAAUCUGAAAAUGAUAGUGAUGUGAUUGCUUCUGAAGUUCUUGUAGGUUCCAAAUUCUCCGGUUCUUCUGUUGCAUUUGGAGGCAUCAGAAGCUUUGAAGACUUCAAAAUUAUAGUAAAUAGGUUAUUUAUCGAUUCUGAGCUCCCCGAACAUAUAUGGACCAAGUACUAUGAGCUCUGCUGCAGUAAGAAUUCAUUUCUUCAUGAUAAUCUUCUCCAGGACCUCAGUUGUACUUUAAUUACUUGCAUCAUCUCUCAAACUGUCAACAUUGCUGAUGCCAUAAGAUGUUGCAAGCUCAUCACCACCUCACGGGACCAAUUUGCAAAUUGGGAGAAGACCUUGAAAUCUUUUGAGCUUGUGGGCAUGAAUGUUAGAUUUUUACGUGCUCGGCUGCACAGGCUUCAGACCCUUGCUUCUGAAUCAGAAGAUGUCUUGAAGGCAAAGGGGUAUAUAAAGGCUAAAACUCAACGUGUUCAAGCAGAAAAACGGAUAAGAGAUCUGGAAGCAAAGCUAGUGCAAUUGAAAAAGGAAUCUGAAAAGAUUGAUGCUGAUAUUGAGACUUUUGAGUCAAAAGCUGAGAGCUACAAACUCGAGUUUCAGAAAGAAGUUGAUACUCCAUGGUAA